GCAUGUGGACAGUCUGGAACCGCUAAAAUUGCUGCAUACGCACCAUAAGCUAUACGGGUUGCGCGCAUUUCAUGUCUGUCGCAGCACUGUUACGAUAGGCUAGAUCAACCAAACUACACCUGUCUUAUACAAAAUAAGUUUUAGCCGUUUAGGACACUGAGCUGCUGCGCCUCAAGAAGGCGGGACUGGGCUGCGGUCUUCAAGGAGCGCGGCGGGCGCCGCGGUAGCACCCUUGCGCGCGUGAAGACACUAUGGCUGCAGUUGCACCGGCUGCCGCGUAUCUGGGUGACCCCGUAGAAUCGCCCCCCUCGGAUGGCAUCUCGCGCGUCAUAUUCAGUCGCACCAGUGACCUCUUGCUAGCCGCGUCGUGGGAUAAGAACCUGCACCUAUACGACGCGAGCACGCGCCUCCCACGCGCCUCCUUCUCGCACCACGCACCCCUGCUGGAUUGCUGCUUUGAGAGCGACGGGACUGUGUAUGCGGCCGGACUGGACGGCCAAAUCAAGCGCUAUGACACUCAAACAACAACAAGCGCGGUCCUGGGCACACACUCGGCCGCGGUGCAGUCACUCGCCUACAUUCCAGAGAAAGGCGUGCUGCUGACCGGCAGCUGGGACCAGUCAUUGAAGGCCUGGGACCCGCGCGCCCCGCCCGGCCAGAACUGCACCGCGGUUGUGAGCCUGCCGGGCAAGGUGUAUGGCAUGAGCGCGGGGUCCGAGCGGCUGGUGGUGGCGACGUCGGGGCGGCACAUACUCAUAUACGACAUCCGCAAGCUGGUUGGCGGCGCCGCGGGAGAGGCUCUGGAGCAGCAUCGCGAGAGCAGCCUCAAGUACCAGACACGCAGCGUGGCGGUGUACACAGACGGCCGUGGCUAUGCGGUGGGCAGUGUGGAGGGCCGCGUGGCAAUGGAGUUCUUCGACGCCGCAGACGCGCAGGCGAACAAGUACGCGUUCAAGUGCCACCGGCGCAACGAGGGCGGCAAGGACGUGGUGUACCCCGUGCACUCCAUCACCUUCCACGGAGGCUACGGCACGUUCGCCACGGGUGGCGGCGACGGCGUGAUCUGCAUCUGGGACGGCGAGAACAAGAAGCGGCUCAGCCAGACGGCGCGGUAUCCCUCCUCGGUCGCCUCCAUGUGCUUCUCUCGGAGCGGCGAGAUGCUGGCAGUUGCAUCUUCUUAUGCAUACGAGCAGGGUGAGCGCGACCACCCCGCCGACGCCAUCUACAUCCGCGCCGUCCAGGACGCGGAGGUGCGGCCCAAGGCACGCAAGGCGGCUUGAGCAGCGGCGUUGGGGGCUGACGGCCGGGUCCGCAAUUGGGUGUGUGUGGCGCACUCGGGUCCAUGAGCCGAAGAGCGGACCAGCAGCCUGCGUGCUGCAAGAGGUGGAUGGCUUGCAAGGUGGAAGUGAGGCGCAGCCGGCAGUGAGGCGGCGGCGUGGCGUAGCAAGUGAACAGCCGGAGUGGCCGUGUGGAGGGGCCGAACGCUUGCAACGGAGGUGGAAAGAGGGCAUGUUGCUUGGGUACAUGUGAAGUGGCCAUGCAACGAGCAAGGUGUGAUAGAUGGCUUCGUGCAGCGGGGCGGGGCAGCAAAGGAGUGCUAGCCGUUGCAAGAAGGCCUGACGGCGGUGCAUGAACGUGCAAAGGCCAACCCACGUGUAAACUGCGAGGGAGAUGAAUCGUGUCUUCGGUUGUAGCUGUACCAGAAACUAUAGUCGUGUGGGCACUUGUCUGGUUCUCGGGACGGUAUGUGCAGAUUAAUACAUGGCGAACAUUUCUGGGCUGAGCCCCCCGACCUCUCAUCGUGCGUCUGGAUCUUGUGUGACCCCAGCCCGAGGCAUCCGACGCUCUACAGGGGUGCCUGUUGUACUGCUUCUCG